AUGCACAAAACUAUACCUAACUCACAUCUAGCAGCACCACCGCCUCUAGCGGCGACACACCCGCACCGACAGGGUUACGACAGCGACGCGGGCACACUAAAAGUCGUCUGGGCUGCAUCCCGUGCAAGCGACGCAAGAUCAAGAGACAUGGCCUUCAUGCGCGAACUGCGACAAGCGCGGACAUACCCCGAUGUAUUCAAGCACGCACGGCGUGACUACAUCGAGUCGGCAGUGUCAAGUCCUCGUCAAGUUGUUAAGCUUUCCGACACACCUACUAUCUACAGCUCAGAAGAUAUGCAGCUGUUCCAUCACUAUCUCGUCUCAGCACAUCCUUGGAUCCCGCACGACUGGGAAGAGCUUUGGGUCACAGACGUUCCGGCAGCGUGCCAUAAAUACCCAUAUCUCAUGGAUGCUAUGCUGGCUCUUGCUGGAUCUCAUCUUGCCGUUCAAGUUGAAAAUCCACAGACUGCCCUGGCGGUCCAACAUCGACAAAAAGCCAUUGUUGGCCUCGAGGACGCCUUCGCUAGUUGGCCCCCGACGGCUGAGGAAUCGUAUAUCAUGUUAGCAACUUCUUACCUCCUGUGCUUCCAGUCAAGCUACAUAGGUGACGGUUUUCUUGACCACUUUUUGUCCUUGCGGGGAUGCUCAUUCCUCUCUCAGCUUAUCAUAGGCGAAGGCUUUCGCAGCCCUUUCUCUACACAGAAAGGCCUGGACACUAUAGCUAUGGACACCGCAUUUACCAAGUUUCCUGAAGUCGACCAGGAACUUUUGCAAGAGGCUCUACUGUCUUUGAAAUCCCUUUCCAGCAUAAUGGAUGGAACUGGUAUACAUUCCAUCGAGAAGGCCAUUGUUGGCCAGCUCACCGAAACACUUCGACUCCUGCUGCACUCGGACCUGGAAAUCGAAACUGACGAACUUCCAAUACCUCGUGACUCGCCGUUGGGUCUCUUUCCGUUCGCUAACCCGAUAUUACCACAAGACUUCGGGCUCGUGUUCGACAACAUCGACUGGGAGAAUGUUACGGAUCCUCUUCCUGGCGCCCCAUACCCCAUCCGGUCUUUUGCAGCUAUGAUGGUCAUCCUCACCAUCUUCUCAACCUGGCCACACGAAGCACUCAUGCGCAUGUUUGACCGUACAAAUCAGCUCGGCAACGUCGUCAUGGCCCACUUUUGCGCCGUACGAUUCAUUCUGUCGUCACUAGCUGCUCCAAAAAUGGCUUUGAAAACUCCUACAAGAGCGACUGUUCAAUGGAAUGCUCUGAUCAUGGCAGCUAUAGACGAUGAUGAAAGUGGAGAAUGGUCGAAAUAUGUGGAAUGGCCAAGAAAGAUAUUACGAUGUAUGGAGGCUUGUUGUGAGAGACACAAAGGCUUUACCAUGGAUGACGUGCGCAGUAUGCUGUUGAAUGAUCCUGGGGCGUUCAAAGAAGGAAGAGCACGGAGAUACUGA